GAAAAGGAAAAUUUCACUGUGGAUGCGAAUUUGAUCUAAUGCAUCCCCCAUCUCUCCCUCUUCCUCCAGAUAAGGUUCACCACAGUUAUUUAAUUGCAUCACAAUUGAUUCUCAUCACUAUCACACGCCAUAUCGAACUUAAAUAACAAUACAAUGCUAAAUACUUUGGGUUUGGCAAAUAAAGUAAAACUGCAUUUGACAUAUUCGGUGAUAUGGUCCAAUAUAACUACCGUAGUAGUCGAUCAACCGACCAAGCAUGCAGCACAAAAUGAAAAAUUAGAGCAAUUUGGUAGUGGAGUAGCAACACCAACUUCCAAAACUUAUGUAUUGAAGGGUGAAAAUCCAAAGUCCGGAGAGGUUGAGUACGUUCUAGCUAUCAGCGGGAGGAAAAAAUUAACACUCGAGAAUUUGGACUUGUUAUUCAAGGGUAUUGAAGAAGCCGAACACAAACAGUUUGAGAGCAUAGACAAAAUCCUAAUGGCCAUAGUGGAUUCAGAUGGCUCGAUUCUCUUUUACUAUGUACAUCGUGGUGUGAAGAACGUUAACAGUUAGGACAGGACGUCUAACAA